UGAGAGUUAGCUCAACCAGUUGCUAGGACGUGCAGCAUGACUGCCGCUUCUUCACAGACAGGGACAGCCAACGGCGGGGCUUAUCGAGGCCUGCUCUCCGCUCACUCCCGUCAGCGUCUCCGUGAUCCGCAUCUAGUCCCCGCCCACGCGGCGGACGGCGUGGUCCGUUACGAGCUAAUAUCAGCUCGACAGUUUUUCCUCCGGCAGACACCGAGGAGCAGCACGGCUGGAAAGGUCUCCUGGAAGGACCCCAGCGGUUGCAGUGACAUGGGCAGCCAACAUUCCUUCACAUCCUGCAGAGCCAACGCCAGAGUCCCGCCUCAAGUGCCGAGCAGAAAAUGACUCAGAAGAAUGGAAUCAGGGGCUCCAGUGAUCCCGGUCUCCACUCGGAGACCUCCAAGGCCUUUGACCUGGCCAACGGUUUGGACCACGACGAGGGGCAGGUGGCGGCUGCUGACUGUGGGUGGGGGAGUGAAAGCGGAGACCCCGUCGCUAUAACAGGAGGAGCCGUCACCGCUCCCGAUGGCGGCUGGGGCUGGGCGGUUCUGGUUGCAACCAUCCUGGUCCUGGCCAUGACCCUGGGCUUCCCCGCCUGUGUGGGGAUCUUCUACACAGACCUGCAGAACGAGUUCCACGCCUCCAACAGCGAAACGUCCUGGGUGCCGUCCAUCAUGACGUCGGCGCUCCAUGCAGGAGGUCCGUUCUGCAGCGUGCUGGUGGGGAAGCUCGGCUGCAGGCCCACCGUCAUGCUGGGCGGGGUCCUGAGUGGGCUCGGAAUGGUCGCCAGCUCGUUUACCAACUCCAUCGCCGAGCUUUACAUCACCGCUGGAGUGAUUACAGGACUCGGCUUCUGCUUCAGUUUCCAGCCGGCUGUCACCAUCCUGGGUCACUACUUUGUGCGUCGGCGUGCGUUUGCCAACGCCAUGUCGUCCACGGGAACGGCGCUGGGACUCUGCACUCUGCCUUUCCUGGGGAACUACCUCCACUCAGAGUUCGGCUGGAGGGGGAGCUUUCUCAUCCUGGGCGCCGUCCUGCUGAACAGCUGCGUGUGCGGCGCCGUGAUGCGGCCCCUUCAGCCCAAAAAGCAUCGCGGCCAGCUGCUGAUGGACCGCACACCUGUGCCGUUGGAAAAGCAGGCGAAGCGGGAAUCGAGGCUUAGGACCGCCUGGAGGUUUUUGGUGGCCUCCGUAAAAGAACACAUGGCCUUCGAUCAGUUUCUCAACAACCGGCAUUACCGCGUGUUUGCCAUAGGCAUCACCUUCAUGAUGCUGGGCUUCGUGGUGCCGCUGGUGUAUCUGGUUCCGUACGCCACGGCCCACGGCAUGGAGCCGAGCCGGGCCGCGCUGCUGCUCUCCAUCCUGGGUAUCGUUAACAUCGUGGUGCGGCCGCCGUUCGCCAUCAUGUUCAACAUGCAAUGGUUCAAAGGGCGGCACGUUUAUGUGUUUGCCUCCGCUUUGCUCUUCAACGGGCUCAGUAACUGCAUCUGCUGCAUCGGGGCCAGCUUCCUCGUGCUGGUGGCGUACGUGGUCAUGUACGGACUUUCGAUGAGCGUGGUCGGGUCGCUGAUGUUCACCGUCCUGAUGGAUAUAGUGGACAUGAGGCGCUUCCCGUCGGCGCUGGGGCUGCUUGCCGUCAUGGAGAGCAUCACGCUGCUGAUUGGACCUCCACUGGCAGGGAUCCUGGUGGACAACACGCAACAAUAUUUCUACGUCUUUAUCGCCUGCAGUGCCGUUGUUGCCUCCUCCGGUCUGUUCCUGAUGCUGUCCUUCCUCUGGCUGGACAAAAAGGAGAGGAAGGCGUCUCAGCAGGGUCAGCUCUCUGCUCAGCCCGAAGCGGAGAAUCCUGCGGCCGACGCCUCUCCUGUCUGCGCAUACAGCGACCGGCCCUAGCAGGAAGACGAGGCCUCAGCUGGGGGACGGAGCGUAUCACCAGCCUGUGAACCUGCUGCCACUGUGUUCACGUCGCCACUCGGGGCUCCGGCAGUUUUGCAGAUUAUUCCUUAUGUUUGGUGCAGCCUGCCAGCGAAAUGCUUAGAAUGACUUCCACUAGCUGCGUUUCCGUUGGCCGUAUAAUUGCGCAGUUUGGAAUUACAAAAACAAAUUUGCUUUAUCUAAAAAGAAGCUCAUUUUUUGCACUAGGAUGAGGUUGUUUUUUUACCAGCCAAAUUAGUGUAUUUUGCAAAACUGCAAAGGAAAAACUUUUUUUCGCAUCACACGAAUCAUGUGAUCAACCAACAGACAUUAUUACUGGUGGAAAAGACGAGGAUGACGACAGGAAGUGGUAGCGGAAUGAUGCCAUGACAUUUUAUUUCUUUAAUGAUUUAUGGCGUGAACAAACUUUUUCACGUGUGAACUUAAUUGCGUUUCCUAUUUAACGGAAACGCCGGCACAGUUGCGAAAUUGUUUUUUUCCCAACAGUUUUGCACACAUUUGUAAAGGAAACACAGCUAGUGUUGGUUAAAGUUGCAUACCAAAAUGAACAAAUGUGCACUUACAACAUGAAUGUGAUUGUACUGUUUAUUGCAAAAUGCUGCUCAUCUGUAUCACUAGACUAUUAAUCAUGCCAGGAAGCUUAUAAGAAAACAAAACGCACUAAUUCCUGACUCUUUGCUGGAUUUAUCGCCAUUUUAGUCUUUGAGUGUGCAUAGGUGUGUACUGCGAAGAUCAACUGAGGUAGGAGCCGUUCACACCGAGGCUUCUGAUUACCCAUCUGUUUACUUUUAAGCAAACGUCCAAAGACCAAACUCAGAUAACCCCAGCAGAGCAUGCUUGAACUUUUCACUCUUUCUGCAUUAAGAUUUAAACACAUUAAAUGAAAAACUUUAAGUGUGUUGCCAUGUUUGCACGAACAUCUUGUUGCUUUUGUUUGAUUUGGUGUCUGAAAUUCAAAGGUGUUCACUGAAACUGAAGCACAACGGAGGAAAAAAAGCAACUAGUUAGGAAAUGCACCAAUGUGGCACUUAAAAAAAUUGUAACCUUUAACUUGUGUGAUGUAGCAUAAAUAAAUGAUUUCUUUGUCAUAAUCAAACUAAUUGUUAAACUUUCAACUCCAGCUGUCUGACAGCUGUCUGUAACCAUAUAUAAUGCUUCCACUGUGUUUUACUGUUGUCAGGUUGUUCUGUGGAAAAGGUGCCUUUGUUCUGCACAAUCUGCUUUUAUCCAUCAGGUCCAGAGAUCUCUCUUUACUUGAUGUGCGUGACUAGCCAACUGUAACACAAAAGUUUUGCUUAGAAAACAAGAACUUAGAAAAC